CCGCAUUCGGGUCACGUGACACCCGGCGUAUGCGGAUGUUUCUUUCUGCGAGCCGCUGACCUUACUCACUGUCAGGAUAAAAGGGUGAUCAACUAAGUUGAACAUUACCGGGGAAAAUGUGCUCACAUUCUAUGUCGAAAGCUGAAUGGAUCGCAGCAAUCUCCUUGGCAGCUGGAACUACAGCUGUGGGUAUCCUGGUCUACAAGACCUUCUUCUCAAAAGACAAGUGCUGCAAGUCCAAGGUGAACUUGGAUCUGCAGAAGGACAACCCCAAAGUGGUGCACGCCUUCGACAUAGAGGAUCUCGGGGAUAAGGCUGUGUACUGUCGAUGCUGGAGGUCAAAGAAGUUUCCAUUGUGUGACGGUUCCCAUACGAAACACAAUGAAGAAACUGGGGAUAACGUCGGCCCUCUCAUAAUCAAGAGGAAAGAGGCUUGAAGAUCUCCCUGUAUCAGAAGGAUGCUGCUACAGAUGUUCAGUUUUGUCGCUUGCCCAAAGUGUGUGGUUUUUGCUUUUGUUUUUUUUUUCUUUUUUUUUAAUACACUAUGACUGUCAAGCUGUUCUAUGGAUUGUGUCAUUAAUAUCCUGCUAAUGUGUAAACAUGAUAUCAGUACAUCACAUGAGGUGUGUCAAUUGUUUUGUUGGGUAGAUUUUGUUUUGUUCAUACGUGGGAAAUCUGUAUAUGUUAGCUACAGUACCUUUUGCUCAAAACAAAAACACAUAAACACUAAGGCGAAAUGUUGAAUAAAUGCCUUCUUCACCGAGAAUAUCACUGACACAGUCGCUUAACCUAAUAACCAUAUCAUUCUGUGCCAUUCUGAGUUUACACUGGCCUUCAUUUUAUUGAUCAGCCGACUAGCUGAACUGAUCUUGUCGCUAAUAUAAAAUUUCAGAUUAGGAAAAAAUGUAAUAAACCAGGAAUUGUAAAACUCAUCCCCUUUUGAUGUAUUAAAAAGCCAGUUUUCGAAUUAACUUUCUUCAUUCUUAUUCUCAUUUAUUCUGACAAAACCUGACCUUACCCUGGUUGUCCAUGACUGAGACUGAUAUUCUCUACACCGAAUGAUUGAAAUUCAUUUGAAUAACUUAAACAUGAAUGUUUGCCUGUUUUUUUUUUUUUCCUUGCUUAACUUAAACCCGAAAGUGCCAACUGACAGAAAUCCUCAAGUUCAACAUAUGGGCCUAUUAGCUGAUAGUAAAGGUAACUGUUCUUGUAUUGGAAUACCUAUAAUUUACUGUUACUAGGUUAACUUUAUAGAUACAUUUUCAGUUUAGUUAAAUGUAAUUGUGAAACUUACAGUUGGGUGGUAAAGUUUUUUAUUUUUUAUUUUUUAAGAGAGACUUGCUGAAUCUGUGAAGUGUUGAUGUUGGUUGGUACAUAGAGGGUUAACACCGUGAGGGCUGUGAGUUUAAAUCCCACCUCUGCUCAGUGUGUGUGGCAUUUGCUUAGUCUUCCUGUGUUAUGUGGGUUUACUUCUGUAGCCCAAAAAAUAUACAUUUAGGCUAACUGGUGUGUCCAGGGGCCUGUUUCACAAAGAAGGAUUUCUUGAUUAGCCGGAUAACUUGUUGGGUUUAAGGCUAAAUGCAAGUCAACAAACAUAAGGCUCAUUUAGCCAUAGAUGAUACGGAGUGUCUGUCUAUAUGUCCAAUGACAGACUAGCAUUCUGUCCAGGGUGUACCCCAGUCUUGUGCCCAGAGCUAGGGUCUGCAAUUCUAAAAACAGCAAUUAUCGACAGAGAUGCUCUGUAACACUAACUAGGAUAAGCAGUUGGAUGAUUCGUGGAUGUUACAUGCAGGGAAUUCAAUUAUAGAGAAAAUAUUUUUGUAUAAUUAUCCAUGCUACCAGGUUAAGUUUUAAUUGCAUUCUCAUUUAUUGUUAUAUGUUUUCUUUGGAUGUUGUUGUUGUCUGAAGACAAUGUGUAAAUCGCUGUUUUGGUAUGGUUAAAAGUGGUGAGUUAAAUAUAUAUAAUAUGUAUUUAUUGUUUAAAGUAAGACUGAGUUUUGAAAUAUAGAUGGCCUUAGUGAAAACUUACCCUCGUUAAUAAAUUCUUAAUCCUCUUAA